UGUAAUAUUGUACCUGUAAGAUCUGAUAUCACUUUACUUCAAGUCCCAAGAUAAGAAAAGACCAGUUGUUACUCGAUGGAGACUCUACGUGGUGUCUUCCCCGCUGUGCCGACGGAGGCGCUUCUGCGCGUGCUGGAGAUCUGCGACCAGAGCGUAGCUGUGGCGUCCACUUGGCUCUUGGAAAACGAAUGGCAAGAUCUCACUGACGCUCAGGACGAGGAAGAAGAAGAGGGAGAUGAACAUGUAAUCCUCACUUCAAAUGUUACAUCAAAUGUAACAUCUGCUACUCAGCAUGCUGGACAACCUGCAACAGGCCCGUACUUCGCUCGUCGCUCAACUGCCGGGCACCAAUUUCAAGAAGAUAUUGAGAGUGAAGAUGAGGACGAAGUUGGAGACGAUGAUGAAGACGAAGAAGACAUGUAUUACGACUCGGGCGACGAAGGAGAAUUUAUGGUGGAGAGAAUACCACCGCUUACCAAAAGGGUCAAGAUCACCACCAAUUUAACAGAGAAAAGUGGAGAAAUCAAAGCUGACGACUUCUGGGUGGCAUUUGACGGCCAAGUGGUGGUCAAAAGCAUGAUUGAGCUACUUAAUACGACGUUAAGUAAGUUGGCGCACAGAAAUGUGGUGUUACUGACUAAACCAGUGAAGGAGCUGGAUAAGGCAACAGCAACAACGAAGCUCGAGUCGAUACUGGUUCCUAAAGAUUCCAAAAUCGUUAAUGGUGAGCACUUGCAGUCUUGUCGAGAUGCAGACAACCGAAUUACUCUAGCAAACUUGCUGAAUGGUGGAGAGAAUGUGAAAUCACCGAUGACAACAGUGCCUGUGGUGCCUGUGGGUCAAAAGCGGAAGAGAGGAACGGCGGCGAAAGAGUCUUCGCGUUGUGGCUUCUUUGCUUACUUCUUUCCAGUAAAGGAACUGGAUUUGAUAUGGCGUAGCGUGAUGCACGCACAUUUAUUAAAGGGUCAAUUUGGGGAAAAGAUUGAGUUUCACACGGCAGCAAGCGGCUCGUUCAGUAAGCGAGAUUUUGACGAGCUGAUGCACAUCCAAAGCUCUGCACUGUCCUCUCGCGCAGCAUCGUUUGGUUUCUCCCCGUUGUCAGCACUAAAGUGCUGUUUGAUUCUUCCAUGCAAGGCAAACGAGGAUGAAAUAUUUCGCGUUGGGAAAAACGUUCAUGCCACCUUGAAAGUUGACGGAAACUUGUAUUUCCAAGACGUUGUUGACACCAGCGUUGUCGACACUCGCAGGGGUCAUUUUGAGUCUCCUAACGAUGAUGAAAACCUAACGGAAGAGCGUUUUCGUCAGUUUGCGAGAUACCGCGUCAAGGAGCAAGAGGAGGUAAACGCAGAGCCUGCUGCAUCAGGCAAAGUUGGCGUUGAUCCUUAUAUGCCGUACCAACAACCACAUACGAUGAAAUAUUGUCUCGAGAUACUAGAUUCAUCAAAAUGGAGCCCCUGUCUUGCUGAUUAAAGUGUGAUUGGAACGGCAGACACAACAGGCAUUUGAUCACUCAUAAACUUGCGUUAACCCGUUAUACUGGGUAACUUUGGAAGAUGACUCUGCUUAGCUCUAUAAGCUGAGCGGUUAUGGUCAGUUGAGGAAUGAAUGUAUGUAUGAUGUUUUUUUUAUCAUGGUACACGUAUGUGUGCAUUAUUCAGUCUGGCGAUACUUUGAAGUAAAUCAAGUAUGUUACCCAAAGCGCAUAGUGGCU